GGACUUAUUUGUUCAGAUCAAUAAUACCAAGGAUGCCCGAUUGAAAAAAAUGUGACAAAACAGCUUACACAACAACUAUUUCACAGAUGAUGGCAGAGGCAGAUGUUUCUUAUGGUAUUCAAGAUGGAGACAUUGGUCCAUCUGUGUACAGAUCAGUUUCAUCGGUGUAUCAAGAGACCUUUUUCAAAAGCCUACAACACUUACGGCAUGACAGAACAUUUUGUGAUGUUAAUUUGCAAGUGGAAUCUCAAACAUUCCAUUGUCACAAAGUUGUCUUAAUGGCAGGAAGCACAUAUUUUCAUGCCAUGUUCGUCACAGAUAUGUCAGAACAUGGGAAAGAUGAAAUUGUAAUCAGUGGUGUCAGCAAACAUAUUUUCUCCCUACUCUUGGAUUUUAUAUAUUCUGGGGAGAUAACUGUGACGGAGGACAACUGUGAAGAGUUACUCAUCUCUGCAGACAUGUUCUCUAUGUUUGAGGUGGUUGGCGCUUGUGCUGCAUUCCUGAAGAACAAACUUCAGUCAGAAAACUGCAUUGGUAUUUACCAGUUCGCUGAGACCGUGUCGUGUCGUCUGCUGCAGAAGGAUGCAGAAGGCUAUAUCAACAAAAACUUUCUCAAGGUCAGUCAGGGGGAGGAGUUCCUUGACCUUGACAAGGUCACGCUGGUCCACUUCCUGCAGAGCGAGUGUCUGCACGUGGAAAACGAGUACCAGGUUUUCAAAGCUGCAAUUGAUUGGAUAUUACACAACUCUCAGGAGAGAAGGAAACACAUAUUUGAUGUAAUGGCCCCAAUAAGGUUCCCAAUCAUAUCCGAGACCCAAUUAGAACGAUACAUCGCCUCGUUGACAGAUUCUGACCUCAGUAUUAAGGUCACACUCCAGAAAAUUGUGAGCGAUUUCCGAGCCGAGGCCAAAAAGGCUAGUGGAGAAACAGAAAAAAAAUUCGCAAAGAAACAAAACUUGAAACCCUACCACCUUGUACCAAGACAAUGCUCGAGAAAAAAUAUCUAUAUCUGUGGGGGAUUCUCACGGCCUAGAGGUGGAAGAUGGAGCGAUGCAAAGACGCUGAAUCUUGUAGAGCGAUAUGACACGUUCUAUGGCACAUGGCAUGACUGUCCGGGUUUUCAGUUCAGUCGAAGUGCGUUAGGGGCAGGUGUGGUGAACAACAUGGUGUGUGUGGUGGGUGGGGAGAAUGACAUGCUCAUUCUUGACUCAGUGGAGACAUAUGAUCCAGUGACGUACGAGUGGACCACCCUUGCUGGGCUGACCACACCCAGGUGUGGUCUGGGUGUAUGCACCAUCGACAACUGUAUGUAUGCUGUGGGUGGCUGGGUAGGCUCUGAGAUAGGGGCCACCGUAGAGAAGUACGACCCAGAGGAGAAGUGCUGGCGGGUGAUAGCGCACACAAGGUCAUUGAGGUGUUGGAUGGGAUGUGUGGGAGAUAAUGGUUUGAUGUACAUUGUUGGCGGCUGCAAUGAUCUGGGUGAUGAGCUAACCUCUGUAGAUAGCUUUAAUCCUGUCACCAAGGAGUGGGCAACUCUGCCCGACCUGAAGACCAAGAGAUCUUACACCGCAGUUGCGGUUCUUGAUGACUGCCUGUACGCUGUUGGUGGGUGGAAUGAAACUGACGGAGCUCUAAAUAGUGUGGAGAAACUGGACCUUGCAAAGGGUUACUGGGUGGAAGUGGCGCCCAUGCUCAGUGAACGGGCAGGGGCCUGCGUGGUCGUGGUAAACAACAUGCUCUAUGUGAUGGGUGGACGCAACUAUGAGGAUGAGUUCACAGCACCCUCUACCCUGGAGACGAUGGAAGGUUACAAUCCAGUAACUGACACGUGGGCCUAUGUGGGUACAAUGCUGAGCAGUCGCUGUGAGGCAGCAGCAGUGUGCAUUUGAGAGACUCGGUUGAAAACUCUGUGAUACUUACUCAAAAACCCUGUCUGUUUCAGAUAACAUGUUUUUCAUUAAAGUAAAAUAUUAUUGGGUAAAUGUGUCAUUCUUAAAAUAUCUGCAUAUAAUUAGAUAUAUAAUGCAUUUGCAAUCGUCUGAGAGAUUUACACAUAGCUUCGUAGUACAAAGCCAUCCCUUAGUUCAUGCUGAGCAAUUCAACCAUUGUGUGCAUAUGUGAGACAUUGGAUUGUCUGUGUGCACAUGUGAGACAUUGGAUUGUCUUUCUUACGUAUUAUUUUAUUUCUUAUUUUGCAUAUUAUGUGUUAUGAAGACACAAACUAAAGAUUGUUUUUGGUGAAAUAAGCAAUUGUUUGAGAGGAAUCAAAAACAAUGUUGGUACCUUGUGAGAGCAUUAAGGAUGGAAACGUUAGGCUUUUAUAUAAAUUUUUGCUUAAAGAAGUUCUAUACUAAACAAAAGCCCAGUCUAGGAAGAAAUUGUCAUGACAGAUUUGCCUGUGCAGACAACACAGGAUUAUCUGGAACGGAAAUUUUUGCAAAUGCAUUUAAAAUACAGCUCAUAUGUAUAUUUAUAAUUAAAGAGAACGUGUUUGGUUAUCGCUAUUUUCUCAGUGUCCAAACAUGGGUUUGGAUGAUAGCAACUUGCAUCAAAGGGUUAAUGCUGAUAUUUCAUAGAGGAGCUCAAAUUGAAUACCUUUUUACAUUAUGGGCAACUGCCUCUGAGAUCAUAUAAUCAGCCGUCACACUUAAAUGUGAUUUAAUUCCAUUUUAUUUCACUUGUUCAUGUACGUUUGUAUUGAUAACAUUACCGGUAUGUAUGUUUCUGAGCAGCAUAUUUUGUGGUAGCAAGUGCAGGUUUUAUGUAAUGUUUAUCUUUUCAUUACAUGAAAAAGGAUAAACUAACAAUAUAACUUGAUUAAAUUUAUUUGUUACAUUUCAUAAACAAAGUUAAUUGCUUAUAGAGUGACAUACAUGUGAAUGUUUAAAGUAUGUUUUAUUUUUAUUAAUUCAUGUGUUUAUUUGCUCCGCUUAAAUAAGGUAUUUACGUUGAGUUGUAUUUUGCAUACAAAUAUGUUUCAAUUAUUUGUUUGUACUAGUCUGAUUGUUGUAGUGUACUUGACAUCACUAUUCAAUUAUAAAUUGAGUCUUGUUCUGGGUAAACUGGGCUUAUUGCAUGUGUUCCCACAUUAGCCUGUGUGUUCUCACAUUAGCCUGUGUGUUCCCACAUUAGCCUGUGUGUUCUCACAUUAGCCUGUGUGUUCCCACAUUAGCCUGUGUGUUCUCACAUUAGCCUGUGUGUUCUCACAUUAGCCUGUGUGUUCCCACAUUAGCCUGUGUGUUCUCACAUUAGCCUGUGUGUUCUCACAUUAGCCUGUGUGUUCUCACAUUAGCCUGUGUGUUCUCACAUUAGCCUGUGUGUUCUCACAUUAGCCUGUGUGUUCUCACAUUAGCCUGUGUGUUCUCACAUUAGCCUGUGUGUUCUCACAUUAGCCUGUGUGUUCCCAUAUUAGCCUGUGUGUUCCCAUAUUAGCCUGUGUGUUCCCACAUUAGCCUGUGUGUUCCCACAUUAGCCUGUGUGUUCCCACAUUAGCCUGUGUGUUCCCACAUUAGCCUGUGUGUUCUCACAUUAGCCUGUGUGUUCUCACAUUAGCCUGUGUGUUCUCACAUUAGCCUGUGUGUUCCCAUAUUAGCCUGUGCAGCUUACUAGGCUAAUCACUGACAAAAUUGUCCACUUUGAGCACAUUUUUGUAUCUUCUAACCAAGUAUCCAGUUGAUGGGGAAAGUGUGAUCCCGGAUUAUUCUGUGUGGACUGCUCAGCCUAAUUUGGGACAACAUAUUACGCACAUGCAUUAAACCCAGUUUUCACACUACCAGGUUCAAGUGUGUCUUGAUUUCUUCUGGCAAUUACUCUUCAAAAUAACUUGUAUUUUUAGGUGUUAUGAGAUACAUAUCAGAUAUAAUGCAUACUAUUAAUUUGGGUGUUACUGGUAUUAAACUAUUUGAUUUGUUUAUUGUUAACUAUCACAUAGACAUUUUUUUUUCGAAAUUGUUAUGCUUAUAAACUUUAAACUGGU